UGUUUCCCUGGCCAGUCAUCUGCAGUGUGUUUGUGUAGAUGAAACUACAGGGUUAUUUGCUGUGCAGAGAACUGGCCAUGGGUUUUCUGUGCCAGUUCACGUUCAGAGGAAAACAUGGGGGAUGUCUCACAAUAUCAGAUGUGAGCUGGAGGAAUGUCAGCAAUACCAGUUGCUGGCCCAGCGGAGCGGACUAGGCUUCAGUUUAUGUGAGCACCUUCGCUCACUAGAUUACUGCCGAGAAACUGUAAAGGAGGUUUUUCUUCAAGAGCACAUCGUGAUGGAAAUGGUGGACCUUAAAUUUUUUGGAGAGGCCAAAGCUGCUACAUGCAUAAAGAGACAGAAAGCUGCCCAGAUGGCACAUGCUCCACUUUGUGUGAGGGUGGAUUUUGGUGGAUCCUCAACACAGAUCUGUUUGUCUGUAUUUGAGCCGGAAAUACACAGUUUCUGCCGUCUUGGCAGAAUAUUUGUGACUUACAAUGCUCUGAGGAACACCUUGCAUUGUGCUUGUGCAAAGCCACGAAUAUCAUGUCCUCAUAAAAACAUAGCUAAAUGGCAUCUCUUCCAGACACAGAGAGACAUCUUCAAAUCAACUGUACCACUAUCAUCAGGCACCCCAUCACAGAUGACUCAGGAGAGUUCUUCCUUUGAGGACAAUGCUGCUAUCGAAAGGAGUAUCCGCUAUAUGUUUAAAGAGAAAAAAAUUCCUGGAUCUCUUCCAGAAAAUGUCAUCUCACAGAAAAUGGAUCAUCAGAAACAGCUCUUUCCAUGUGAAACGUUGUGCCAGGUGUGCCCAGAGCACCCAAAACUUGAUGAGGCUGUUCUAGUUACCAAUAAAGCGAGGAUUGUCAGCAUGAUGGGAGUGAUUGAGAAUGUUUCAACACACCAUAGAUUGUGUCCUCAGUGCCACAUGGUCUACAGAUACCAGGAGUGGACAGAUGGGCUUCACAACUUUGACAACCACGUUGUUUUGUGUCUUGAACUCUGCCUUUUUUUGAGAGAAAAUCUGCAGAACCAUGUAUCGGCUUCAAGGGUCAUUGACUCAUUGGAGGGCUUAAGAAGAGUGAAGUUUCCUUCUAGGGAUACCAUUUUUCAUGCUUAUUGCCAUUUUGAGGCUUUGACUGACACAGACUACAUGUACUCCUGCAUAAACUGUGGGUUUCAUCCCCCUGUGGUAGUUAUGGACUUACACAGAAAAGGGGUGUUCAAGUUAGCAGUGAGUGACCUCAAAGCCCCGGAAGACUUCAAUGGUGAACAUGACAUUGAAGGUUUUUGGAACUCUAUUCACCUGGAAAUGAUAAGCCGUGGGUUUUUUCCAAGCGGCGUGAAGAAUCCAUUUUCAGUUCCACCAAGUUACACGCACUGGGCACCAUGGAUCGGGAAUGAAACUCGAACAAGUGACAUUGUGCUUAACACAGAGUUUCAAAAAGUAGGAACAAGCUCUUCACAUGAAGCAAAGCUUAGCAGUGUCACAGAAGACCGUCUGUUGGAUGAACUCGCCAAACAAAAGGUUGGAGUGGUAAGAAAAUUGUGUAAAGCAUGCAACAUCGACUCCAAAGGCUCCCGCUCUGAUCUCAUCACCAGACUGAGGGAGAAGAUGAAGAGCAGGCAGACAUAUGAUAAGGUCUUUCAAAGCAUAUGGGGGGCCUCUGGAGGAUGGUCUGUAAUACUAUGUCCACAUGGCAUUGUAUACAGUGUUAAAUUUAAUCUUCGUGCUGAAAGUCCCCGGGAUUUUGCUGACCUUCUCCUGUCCUGGAAGCACAUGCCAAACGUCUGUGUUUAGGAUUUUGCGAGGGGUUUGGUGGCACACACCAAUUUGCGGGUUCCUGAUAAACUGCCAUUUCAUCCACAUGAAGGUCGACUGGCUGAGCCCACUGAGGAAAAUGUCAUGGCUGCACAGGAUGGAAGCCUGAAAGUGAAUCUUCCAUGGCUACAUGAAAGGAUGGAUAGUGUAAAUGAAAAUCCUCAUCCUGUCACUGGAUCAUCUGACCAUUAUGUCCUGUAUGACAGAUUUCACGAGGGAAAUACAAAAGAUCCCAAGGACAUAUUACGCAGAAUUCAACUUGUCCCAGAGCUGAAAGGCUGGCUGAACAGUCAAGUUGUUGAACAGUUCUUUGCAAACAUGAGGAAAAGCAAUUACUUUUUAAGUAAUAUGAGUCCAUCCACACAUGUGUUUCUGAUGAGAAAUAUAACUCAUCAUUAUAACACUGUCACCAACAAGAAACUUCUGGAGAGGCAGCUAAGACAUGGUCGACUUGGAAAGAUCAAUAUCUCAUUGUCGGCACUGGGUCAAGCUG